AUGGCUCUCAUAUACUGGAGUUCGCAGAAGUUGAUCAUCUGGCUCGGACCUGACCCAGACAAACAGGCAACUCCGGCGUUCGAGGCUCUGAAACCAAUCUCCCAAGCCACGUGGGGGAAGACCCUCAAGUUGACGAAUGAGGAUGUCGACAAAUUCGACCCCGUAGUUUGGGCAGGCGUGGGAAGAUUAUACGACAACCCUUGGUUUCGCCGUGCCUGGGUUCAACAAGAGAUUGGGCUUUCUCGGAGCGCCGCGUUCUACUGGGGUGAAGCUGAACCAUAUGGCGUCCACGACUUGUUUGGCUUUGACAUAUGUGCAGACUCUCAGGAAGGCGGCAAAAAGGCCAAGCAGAUCUACAUCAGAGACGCUACUGCUGUUAAGAGCACGCGAAACAUUUGGCUCGAGUACGGGCAGGCAACACAACCAGGAUGGAAGAAAGGGGACGAAUUUCACAAGUUCAUCAAGUCGACCAAUUUCCUCAACCUGCUUUCAAAAACAUUCUACUGCGAAGCAACAGACCCGCGAGAUCGCAUUUACGCAUUCCUCGGACACCCAAGUGCACGAAAGCCAGAUGCGUACAGUGACGUCGAGAGCGAAGACUACAUGAUUACUCAAAGACCACCGAAGAAGUAUUCUUGGAAUUAG